CAUCUCCAGUGCCCAUCUCUCUCUCUCCCCCCUUCAAUUGAUCUCCUCCCUCUCCCAAAAUCACAUGUCAUAAAGUUCAUCACAAACUUUCUGCAAUCUCUUCCAAUUCUUGUGCACUUUGAUUCGCUUUCCUCAGAAGUGAGAUACUUUCUAACCCGGAUUUGCAAGUGGAAUAUUGUCGGUUCUAUCUCCGAUGGCGAGCACGGAUUCACCGGCGGAUUCGCAUCAUCCGCACUUGCCGCCCGGCUUCAGAUUCCACCCCACGGACGAGGAGCUAGUAGUUCAUUACCUUGGAAAGAAGGUCGCGAUGGAGCCGCUUCCAGUUUCGAUCAUCGCCGAGAUCGAUCUUUACAAGUUCGACCCGUGGGAGCUGCCAAGUAAGGCCAUCUUUGGGGAGCAAGAGUGGUACUUCUUCAGCCCUAGGGACCGGAAAUACCCGAACGGAGCACGGCCGAAUCGGGCCGCGACGUCCGGGUACUGGAAAGCCACCGGCACCGACAAGCCUAUAUUUGCUUCGAAUAGUAAUCGCAAGGUCGGCGUUAAGAAAGCGCUCGUCUUCUAUUGCGGGAAGCCUCCGAAAGGGACUAAGACAGACUGGAUCAUGCAUGAAUACCGGUGCAUGGACGGCAAUUCGGCUCCGAAGCCCCCUAAGGCGGAUUCGGCAAUGAAAAAAGGCUCUUUACGCCUUGAUGACUGGGUACUAUGCCGGAUCUACAAGAAAAGCGGUUCGGUCCGACCGGUCGAGCCUGAGAAUGAGAACUUGGCUCCACGGAACAUGAAUCCAUCAACAUCAAAAGGCGUCAACUACAGUUUGAUGUUACCUGGGAAUAACGAUGAAGCCUUUUUCGAGGGGAUUCUACCGGAAAACAUCCACGGUCGUUCAAUCUCUAACCAGCCGCCUUUUCCAACCGUGAAUCCAGAUGUCCCGACCGCCCACUCGGCCGUGGUCGCUGGCGACGGAUCGCACAGAUGCGCCGCGCCGAUGCAGUACUGGAGCGAGGAUGGGUCGGCGAUCUUGGCCAAGCGAUAUGAGGUCAACCACGACGAUCGAAAGAGUGGUGGCAACGGCAAUGGCGUGGAUGACGGCAGCUCUUACAUCUCUUUGCUCCAUCAGAUCCCGCAAAACAACGAGCAGUUUCACCCGCACAUGUUUCUCGCGGGUCCGAUCGGGGAUGGUGACUUCCGGCAGCAGUUUCAACUCCCCGGCAGCAUGAACUGGCCGAACUAAAAGGAUGGAAUCAAUGGCAAUGAUGCUCAGGCAAAGAACCCACAAAGGAUGGAAUCAGAUGCUCUAAUUUCUUUUUCUAGUUAUUUUCUUCUUCUUUUUUCUGAUUUGAAACAUAUGCUGUCUAGGAUCAAGAUGGACCUAUACAUGUCCAUUGUAGAUUAUACAGCUUUAUAGUUGAUAGGUAGUAUUACAUGCAGGUACAUGAAUAAUUGUAAAUAUUCAGAAGAGCAAAAGAAGAAGGAAAAAAGACAUAUUUUUUUCGUUCA